AUGCAUCCGCGGUCACACUGCAAACAUGGCGUCGUCGUUUCUUGGAUUUUUUGUUGUUGUCUAAGAAAAUGCAGCAAAUUUUGCACUAAAAUUGAGUGAAAUGUGAGAUUCAUUCAAGUGAAAGGCCCAAGGCAUGCAAAUAGAGCACCCAAUCUCCAUUAUCCUGCAUAGUAGCAAUCGCAUCGAAAGCAACGUUGCCGCAGGACCAGGACGUGGACUGGGGAUAUGGCUGCUGCGGCGGCUGCAGCAGCACCUGCGAAUUCAAACGCACCUGCACCACCGUCGGGCGUUAGCACUGGCGCAACGGGAGUCGGGGCCAUUAUCGGCGCUCAGUUUCGUGAAAUACACAAGAAUACGUGGUUGAAAAGACUGACGGCUGAUGGGAAGAAGCUAACCGUUGGGCCCAAGAAAUCCGAGUGCAGCUGGGUGGUGUUCUGCGUGCACGAUGACACGGAGGCUCUACUGGAGGGCUAUGCAGAGCCGCGCCAGGCGGCCGGCCACAUGCCAGAGUGGGCGGUGUCAUUGCGGGAGACGCUGCACAUAUCGCACGCCCUUAUCCCCAAUUCGCACGAGUUUGAAUUUGUUGUAACGCUUAGCAAUGAAGUGUUGCGCUUUCAUGCCGUGUCAUGGGAGAUUAUGCAAGAAUGGGUGGAAACGCUGCGUUCGAAGCUGCGCGAAAUGAAAAUUCUGUCGCCGCGCGAAAACCUCUACACAAAGUUACCUGAAGUGCGCGCCCCCUUGCUGCCCACACGGGAUCCCACAUCGCCGCUGCCGCCGCCACCCCCAGUGCCGGCGGCCCUUGUGCCGGGAGUGGAGCGUGUGGUGGCUGCCCAUCAACCGCAGCAGCAGCCACAGAAUCAUUUGCUAGCGAGUGAACAGGCAGCCCCAAGUCCUGCUUCCACUCUGGUUCCGACUGCGGCAACUGCAGUACCACCAGCCACAGCCAUGUCCAACACAUUGACCCAGCAUCUGCUCAACAUGCUCUCCGAUCCGAUAAGCACAUACAGCGAGCAAAUAAGCGAGACGGCGACGUCGGUGCCACCCAAUGGAUCUGAGGAGGGGGAGCAGGAUGUGGACACAGAUGAGCCCCAGCAAUUGAACAGCACCAGUGAUACGGACGUGAACCUGUCGGAUGAUGAAUUCCUGUCGCCGCUUCUGCGAAGGGCCUGCGUCCUCACGGACAAUGGUGUGCGGGUCGAUGUUGUGGCAGCCACAGCACAGCGCGCCUCGGCGGAUCAAAUUUUAAAUCUGGAACAUAUGCUGCAGUGUGAACGACUAAUACCCAGGCCGCAAACAUCCCGUUCCAUGUCUGCCGGAGCCGCUGAUAAAUCGAAAAGGAUGCCACGGAAACCACUCGUGUCUCAGGCCACCAGCAGCAGCGUCCCAGGAACCGAUGAACCUCAGGACAACAUAACAAUCAUUCAAGUAUCGAAUCCAAGUAAUGGCCAGGAACGUCCGCCCGAAUUGCCGCCCAAGAACAACAGUAUAAUAGCUGAAAUAUUCCGCUUUCCCGAAGUAGUCGGUGCCAAGACGAAGGCGGUGGCCAAUGCCAAUCAGAAACAGAAGCAACAGCAGCAACGUCCACAGCCGCUGCCUCAGCAAUCUCAGCCACAGCCGCAACACGAGUAUAAAAGCAACGUACAAAUCAUUCCGUCCAAUGCCAGUACCAUUCAAGUGCUGGGCCAACAGCCCAGCAGCAGCAGCAGUAAUGCCUAUACGACUCCUGUCAAACAGAAUGCUUCCAAUGCCCCAAGUCCACAGGCGACUGGCAACGCCAACGCCAAUGCAAAUGCAAACACCACUAAGGUGAAGGUGAUGAGCGAUGGUGAGGCCACCACGGUGGCUGUCUACGGCACUUGCUAUCCGUCUGCGACUGCGACGACAGCGCCAGCGCCAAGCGGAAGUGCCACGAAUAUGCCCGCCAAGUCCCAGACGACGCCAAAGCUCAGCAAGAAGAUAAUCCUCAGCGCCAACACGUCGGGCAUCACGAACAUCAGCGUUAACAGUGAACAGGCCAGCGACUCAAUAAUCAGCGGCAACGUACACUACGAGAAGGUGUUCCUCUCCUCCAGCAUACCCAUCAGCAGCAGUAGCCCAACCAGGACACAGGACACAGAGCGUGUAGCGAUCAGCUCAAAUGUUCUUCAGGCUCAAACUCAAACUCCAAGCCAUCCCACGCUUCCCACGCCGUUGCAGUCCAACGGCAGUCCAGCACUGCCUCGGCGACGCCUUGCCUCGCCUGCGGCACAGCCCGCACCGAGCUCUGGUCGCGCCAUGCCACAGCUGACGCGAGGACUGACCGAGCUGGUCAUUAGUUCGCGGCCCAGUCGACGCGAUUUCCACUAUCUGAAGAUGCUCAACACGCCGCUCAGGAGCAAACCGUCAUCGAAAACAACGAGCGCGGCCAACAACAACAUCGAGCAGCAGGCCACGCCCAGCUCCAGCGUCAGCGCGGCACCGCCUGCACACCGGAGCAAUGCCGCAGCCAUUGCUGCCGACAGUCAAGAGCAGCGCAGGCGCAGCUCGUCCACCUCAGAUGCCCAGGCUCCGCUGCAGCGUAAUGCAGGUGCCAGCCAGGUGCCGAACACUCAACGGAACGAACGGAAUGCCAACAACAAUGAGCAAUUUACACCAGGACGGGGCGGAUUUCGUAUGCAACCGCCGCCUCAGGGUGCUGCCUCUGCUAGCACGAAUCCGAAUAGCGCGGGAAUCCAGCAAUCGCCCAACAAGCGGCUCACCCUGCGCGAACAGCAGGUGAUGCAGCUGCGACGAGAGAUCAUGCAUCCGGGUGGAGUGCGUCUGAAUCUGCGGCGCAAGGAUUGCGUGGGUUCCAUUGCCUGGGUGGAGGCCUUUGGGGGUGUAUGGAUUGCAGGAUGGAAGCAAAAAGAGCAUCCGGUGCUAUACAAUGCUCUGCACAUCGGCGACCAGCUGCUCUCCAUCGCGGGCGUAAGCAUCAGCAGCGCAACGGAGGCCAACAAGAUCAUAAGGAACACCAAUACUCUCUUUGUCGAAGUGCUGCUGCGUCGCAUUCCCUUUGGUCGGGCGUAUGCCAUACGUCGCGAUCGCGAGGGUCAGUGCCUGGGACUCAUACGUGAUGGCAAUACCUCAACGAUUGUGGAUGUGGUGCCCAACAGUUUGGCCGCUCGUCACGGACUGCCGCCAAAGACCCAAUCGUGCGAUGGCAAUGCAUUGACCUUCUGGAUGCUCACCGAGAUCAAUGGACGGCCGCUUAAUUUGUUCUUCAAGGAUCUGGAAAUACGCGACCGCCUGAAUUCGGUGGGGCGUGACAUAUCCAUAUUGGUGCAGCCGUCGGAUUUGAUAACCAAGUUGAAGAAGCAGCUCAAAUCGUUGCGUGGCUAUAAAGACUAUCUAGUGCAGUAGUAGUAGUUUAUGUAGCAGGCCUCGGCUUGGUGUCGCAUGCGCCACUUGAUGGUGCAGUCAGUGCACAUAAAAGUCCAAGUCGAGUCCUGUACUGUGGCGGGCUGUGUGUCCCAAUCGAUUUGACAUAUUUAUAGCUAUGAAGCAACUCGAAACUGUUAUAUGCUGUUAGACUUGAGGAACUUUUAUGUACAUGUAUAACUCUGGGCCAGUAAUCAUUCCAAUACCAAUACCGAUUCCAAUUCCAUUCCAGUCGGAACGUCAACGGGGAACCACUAUAUAGUCAACUCGUAUAUGUAGAACCAUUUUGCUAUAUACACGUACACAUACUAUGAAUGAAAAAGU